GCUAAACGCUCGUCCCCGCUGAGGGAGGGACUGCACUAGGCGCCACAAAAUGGCCGACGGGGAGCUCAACGUCGACAGCCUCAUCACCCGCCUGCUGGAGGUGAGAGGAUGUCGUCCUGGGAAGAUCGUGCAGAUGACUGAAGCAGAAGUCCGAGGCUUAUGCAUAAAAUCUCGAGAGAUCUUUCUCAGCCAGCCUAUUCUCUUAGAAUUGGAGGCCCCCCUGAAAAUUUGUGGUGACAUUCAUGGCCAAUAUACAGAUUUACUUCGACUAUUUGAAUAUGGAGGUUUCCCUCCCGAAGCCAAUUAUCUCUUCCUGGGAGACUAUGUGGACAGAGGAAAGCAGUCCCUGGAAACCAUUUGCUUGCUAUUGGCUUAUAAAAUCAAAUACCCAGAGAAUUUCUUUCUCUUACGAGGAAACCAUGAAUGUGCUAGCAUCAAUCGUAUAUAUGGUUUCUACGAUGAAUGCAAAAGGAGGUUUAAUAUUAAGCUUUGGAAGACUUUUACGGAUUGCUUUAACUGUCUGCCUAUUGCUGCCAUUGUGGAUGAGAAGAUCUUCUGUUGUCAUGGAGGACUUUCACCUGACCUGCAGUCAAUGGAGCAGAUCCGGAGAAUUAUGAGACCUACAGAUGUUCCUGAUACAGGUUUGCUUUGUGAUCUGCUGUGGUCUGACCCAGAUAAAGAUGUACAAGGUUGGGGAGAAAAUGAUCGUGGAGUCUCUUUCACUUUUGGAGCUGAUGUGGUCAGUAAAUUUCUGAAUCGUCAUGACCUGGAUUUGAUUUGCCGAGCCCACCAGGUGGUUGAAGAUGGAUAUGAAUUCUUUGCUAAACGGCAGCUGGUAACCCUAUUCUCAGCCCCAAACUACUGUGGUGAAUUUGAUAAUGCUGGUGGAAUGAUGAGUGUGGACGAAACUUUGAUGUGUUCAUUUCAGAUAUUGAAACCAUCUGAAAAGAAAGCCAAGUAUCAGUAUGGUGGACUGAAUUCUGGACGUCCAGUUACUCCGCCUCGCACAGCUAAUCCACCGAAAAAAAGGUGAAGAAAGGAGCAAGGCAGAGAAAUCAUCGGAUACGUCAAGGAUAAAACUCCAUAUUAUAUAAGUGUGCACUGUAAAACCAUCCAGCCAUUUGACACCCUUUAUGAUGUCACACACAUUUAACCUAAAGAGACGGGUAAAGGAUCUUAAUUUUUUUUCUAGUAGAAAGAUGUGCAACACUGUAUUGUUACAAGCAUACUCUGUUCUAAUAUCCAACAAAGUACAAUCCAGAUUCAAAGAUAUCUAUUAAGGUUACGUAGUCACUUAUCUCGGUUUUUAAAGUUGAACAUCCCAGUUAAAACUAGAUGUAGUAGCUAAACCGGAUGAAAGCAUGACGAUCCACUUGUGUAACAUGGUCUUAGUGUUGCUUGAUUGUUAUUACUUUAGGCUUGUUUGAUUUUUUUUUUUUUUAGGUAGAUCAAAGGCAAAUAUUCAUCCCCCCCCCCAUAUAUUUUUGAAAAUGAAAUAACUGAGGGAACUUUUUAAGGCAGCCAUUGACCUUCCUCUUCUACCCCCAACCUUAAAAUAGCAGCCUGCUUAAUCUUUCUAAUGAAAAGUGAGUCCCCAUUACGGGAAUAAAGGAUUAAAUAGAAAGGAGUGAAUCAAUAUGUAAAACCCCAAACACUGAUUUGAUCAGGCUACUUGUGAUUGGUCAGUCAGACCAACUGACAGAACAUUUUGCUUUUUACUUAAAUUGCCACCGAUUUGGAUUUGCACACUACACUAUUUUAACUUAUUGAUGCUGUAUUGUGCAGGAGCACUUCAUUUAACUUUAAGGUAAGGCACAACUAGUAUUAUCCCAGUUAGUUGGUAACGUGAUUAUGUGGUACCUUGGCUUUAGGUUUUGAUUAGCACGAAAUACUUUUUGGCAUGCUUAGCUUCCGGGUAACACCCCCUUUCUGCCCCCACCAGCAUCAGAGCAUCUUCUUUAGAUUCACAGAACAUGAGGAUCCAUUUUGGAUAAGCCCUGGAAAGCUGAUACUGUCUCUUUUUCAUAAGAGGGGUGUAUUAAAUGGAUGCUGAUCAGUGGGACACUACUUUAACUAUGGAUAUUGGGUGCUUAACUGUCUAAUAUUGCCAUGUGAAUGUUGUACACGAUUGUAAGGCUUACGUCACUAAAGAUUAUAUCCUGGAUUUUCAUGGUCAAAGUUCAUACGAUAUUAUUGUAUAGACUUCUGCUUUGUAGUGUUCUAUAGUAGCAAUAAUUUCUGUACAUGAUCAAGAGUUUAUUGCAGUAUUUCUUUUCCUGUUCUUUUUUAAGGGGUUAAUAUUAGCAAAUGGCACGGUGUAGAAGAGUCACACAGUUUGUAGGAAGGGGAAAAUUGCCAGGCGCAGAAUUGUGAUCCUUUAUUAGGUGUUAACACUAUUGGAUGUGAUUAAUAAAAGUUUUUACUGAGCAUUGUCAAAUGACAGAAUCUAAAGAAAGAUUUCUGAUUUAUAAUACCAUUCUAAAUGUGCUGAAAUAGAUGUAAAACUCUUGACUUUAAUAUCGUCUUUGAAAUGUUAAAUUGAGGAUUCUGAUAAUUUACAUUUUAUGAAUUGGCACGUUGUAUAAUGCAAGAAAUAUAUUUGAUUUUGACACAGUGAAAAGUUCUUUUCUUUAAAAUGGAUGUCUCUUUUCUAAUUCCAUUUU